AUGCUUGAACAAGAGCAGGUCCCCGGCCCCUUGGAGGUUCGCGAGAGAGUCAACGAAAUCAUCAAAGCGGUCGGAGAUGCUUUACCAUGGCCAUCGGGUAUGAAAGAAUCCACCCACACGGCGAGGUCACUCGAUGGAACGACCUUGGAAAUCCGACGCUUCGUCCCCAGGGACCUGCUCGGUGACAGCUCCGACAGUCCGUCAGAGCGAGCGGUCAUUUUCGCCUUCGGUGGUGGUAUGACGGCGGGCAGCGUCGAGGUGUUCCGAGGCUUCAUCGCCACAAUAGCCCAGCAGAGCGCGACGCAGGUCUUCGCGCCCCAGUGGCGCAUUGCGCCUGAGAACCCUUACCCGGCGGGAGUAGAGGACGUCUACUCAUCCAUGGUAUGGCUACAGGCACACGCGGCAGACUUCCACGUCGACCCGGCCCGCCUGGUCGUCUUCGGCGUGAGCGCGGGCGGCUUGGUGGCGGCGGGCGCGGCGCUGAUGGCUCGCGACAGGCAGUUGGAUCCUCCUCUGGCUGCCCAGUGCCUGCGCUACCCUUGCCUGAGUGACCAAACCACGGUGGCAGCCGACGACCCGAGGCUGGGCAGGUUCACGUGGUCGGUGGAAUCCAAUGAUUCAGCGUGGAAGAUCUACAUGGGCGGCUUGGAAAAGUGGGAGAGGAACGAUGAAAACUGCCCAAUCUACGCGGUGCCUCUUCGAGCCCAGAACCUGGACGGAUUGCCACCUACUCACAUUGGAGUCGGAGAGUACGAUAUCUUAAGGGACGAGAAUAAGGAGUAUGCCCGGCGGCUAGGCGAAGGGACAGAGCUGUACGUGUACCCCGAGAUGCCACAUGGGUUUGAUGCGAACCCAACGCUCAGCCUUGGGAAGGUGAUGUGGGAUCGAGAGGCCAAGUUCAUUCAGAGAUUUUAA